AUGUCUUCUCCUUCUUCUUUCUCCUCCUCUUCUGCCAUCCCACAGAUCUGGCGAAACAUUUCCCCCGCGGGAAACCUCCAACGAAAACGAGAUAUUGGGUUCGCCGCCAGCACGUCGUCAAAUGGCGCUGGGGAGGCUUCAGCCUCCAACCGAGACGAGUUCCAGGCCCCGAUCCCCAGGGCCGCCUUGCGCAACUUCUCUAUCAAUGUGCAAGGUUCUCGAUUCGUCGAGGACGUCAGCACCCUCGUCGCUGCGGACCAAGAAGCCGCCGGCCCCAGCAGCAGGAGAGCCAGCAGCAUCAGCUUUAUCGAGAACACCGAGCUGAGGCCAGCUGAACGACAACCACCAUCACGACCACGGACCCCAUAUAUCGAGAGGCCCGCGACUCCCAUGGGCGAAUCCCGGGUCGGGUUCUGCCACGAGGCGUGGACGGCGUGGUACGAGGAAGCGUCGGACGCCGCACGCGCGUGCAGGCACUGGGUCCGGGAAUUCCGCGCCAUCCGCCAGGAGUACGAGCUCGAGUUCUACGGGGUGUUCAACCACAAGCUGGAGCGCAUCUCCAUCUUCCGCUUCAAGUACUGGCGGUUCGCGAUGACCAUCGCCGCCGUCGAGAGGACCCUCGACAGCCUGGCGUCCCUCAUCCUGCUCGUCGACGGGUGCGAUGUCCACGACGACAUCAGCGCGCUUGUCGACUUCUUCUCUGUCUGGAUCGUCGAGGCCUACGCCUGCUACAACGCCAUGACCAACGACAGGGCCCCCGUCGACCUCGACAACGCCCAGGAACGCGCCGAGCGGAAGGGCCUGAUGGAGCAGAAGGGGCCCGAGAUCUCCCGGCUGACGGGGGAGCUGAGCGCCAACGCCCAGAAGCCCCUGAAGGUGUUGCAAGCGGCGCUCAAGGAGGAUUUUUGGGGUGGUCGUGUCUGGGGUUGCCCUUAG